UAUUGUUUAAUAAAACUUCAAAUUUCAAACAUUGAAAAUAAUGGCCAUCAUAUCAGAAUCAUGGAAAAAAGCUGACUUUAAAACAAUAUUUAUACGUGGUUUUGAUUUUAUGAAAAUCUAUACAUUUCGAUUACAAUUUUCUAUUGAUGAUUAUCAAAAUCAAAAUAUACCAUGGACAUGGAAUACAUUUCGCAGUACAGUAUUGUUUACAUCAUUGUCAUGGGUGGCAAUAAUUGGUCUUGGAUUAUUGGCUUUAUUACCAAAUACACAUCCAUUUAUGAGUUAUGAUAAUUUUGAACGAAUUCUAAAAACUGAACGUAUGGAUAUAUUCAUAUUGGCAAUAUUCAUUAUGUUGAUCGUACUAGAAGCAAUGUGGUUACAUUUAACAACCAAUGCUUUAAAUUAUCGUUCAUCAUUAGUACAAUUUGUCAUUAAUAAUCUUGAUUAUAAUGAGAAUGAACUAUCAACAAAAUCAUUGAAAUAUUUAAAACGAUUCUAUAUCAUUAUUUAUUUUAUCGGAAUAACUACUUUUCGAUUAUAUAUUGUCAAUGCUAUAUUUACAAUUAUAUUCGGAUAUUAUUGGGCCAUCAUAUUCUAUAUGGAAAAUCUUACAACUUUUAAAAAAUUAAUUUUAAGCAUGCCUAUAUUUUUUUUCAUAUGUAUAGAUAUAGCUUAUCUUCUUGGACAAAUGUUUACGACCAUUUUAACAUUCAUUGUAUUUGUCAUUGAAUUUUUUCAAGUAAAAUUGGAAGAAUUAUAUAGACUUGCAAAGAGAAUGUUUACACGUUCUUGGCAAAAUAAUGAAUUGAAACAAUUAUUCUGGAAUCGGUUUCAACAACAAUAUGUCAAACUUUAUGCCGAAAUUGCCGAUUUCAAUAAAUCAUUCGGUUCGAUGCUUUUGUAUAUGGAAACGGUAUCAAAAACAAGCAUCAUAAUAUCAUGCAUGUUUUAUAGUAGACAAAAAGAGCUAAGUCAAUAUUGUUUAAUGGCCAUUCUAUCAUUAAUGUCAGAAUUUGUUUGUGUAACCAGUCUUUAUUCACGUGUUGCACGAUUACCAUCAUAUAAUCGUCGUUGUUGUAAAUCGAUAAUCAAAUGGUUAGCACGAACACAAUGGUCAGGACCGGAUACAUUAUUCUAUAAUCGGAAUUUAAGAAUACAAAAAUUACAUAUUGUACGACGAACAACAAUAAAAUCAAAUCUAUUUGUACAAGUUAUGAGUAAAAAUGAACUUGGCUUCACAUGUGGUCAUUUAUUCUUCAUUACAAAAUUCAAAUAUAUUGAAAUGCUUAUGAUGAACAUACCAUUGAUUAUAAUGUUUUAUGAAAAAAUAUGUAUGAAUGCAUCAUUUUAAUUUAUAAUUUAAAUA